AUGAAGAUAAGUGAGUUGUUGAAAGAUUGGGGAAUAGAGAAGAAAGUUUUUACUAUAACAGUAGAUAACGCUUCUGCAAAUGAUAGCAUGCAAGCGCACAUACUAAAUUUGAUUGUGCAAGAUGGUUUGGAUGUGAUUAGUGGAGCUUUGGAUAAGAUUAGGGAUAGUGUCAAGUAUGUGAGGGGAUCUCAGACUAGAGAAAAUUUGUUUCAAAACUGUAUGGAAACAUUUAAAGAUGCCUUAUGCAACCUUGCAGAGGUUGAUAAGAGUUAUAAGAGUUUGCCAUCAGAUUUGGAAUGGGAGAGAGCAGAAUUGAUAUGUGAACUUUUGCAACCGUUUGCUGAGCUUACAAAGAUGAUUUCUGGUUCAUCAUAUCCGACAGCUAACUUGUAUUUCAUGCAAGUGUGGGCUAUUAAAUGUUGGCUGAGAGAUCAUGAGGAUUCUAGUGAUCCAGUUAUUUGUGAUAUGGUUGAGAAUAUGAAUGAAAAAUAUGAGAAAUAUUGGGAAGAAUUCAGUGACAUACUUGCAAUUGCAGCAGUUUUUGAUCCAAGAUUGAAGUUUGCAUUUCUAGAAUUUUGUUACAAUAUCUUGGAUCCGUCUACCACCAAGUCAAAGUUGGCUCAUGUGCGUAAAAAAAUGGAUCAACUCUUUGGAGCUUAUAAGAAAGACACAAGCAAUGUUGCAUCCACUUCAAAAGUUUCAAGAAGGAACGUUCCAUUUGGAUAUGAUGGAUUUUAUACUUACUUUUCACAAAAGCAUGGAGGUAAUGGAAAAUCUCCUCUAGAUACUUAUCUAGAGGAGUCAGGGUUAGAUAUGGUUCAGUUUAAAAAUUUGAAUCUGCUCUCAUAUUGGAAAGACAAUUCAGGUCGUUUUAAGGAGUUAGCCUUAAUGGCUUGUGAUGUUCUUAGUAUACCUCUUACAACUGUGGCUUCUGAAUCCGCCUUUAGCAUAGGGAGUCGAGUACUUAACAAAUAUAGGAGUUGCUUAUUACCCUCCAAUGUGCAAGCUCUCAUUUGUGCAAGGAAUUGGGUUCGGGGUUUUGAAGAACUUGGUGAUGAGUUUGAGUUUGUUGAGGAAGAAGGGACUAUUGUGGCAGUGUAAUGCUGAAUAUCACUCUCCAGAAAGAGGCAGCUCAGAGAUGUGGUUUAAGAAAUGGUUUCUUGUCAUCAAAGGGAGGAAGACGGAGGAUAGAAAGACAUCUUAAUAUGUAUGUCCCAUUCCAUGUGACAUAUCGAUCUUCUGUUCUUUAGAUUUUUAUUUUUAAUUUUCUUCACAUGAAUCCUAUAUUAUUAACUUCAACUCCAAGUCGCCAAGACACCUCUCUUAUUAAGUAAUUUCAU